AAAAAAAACCAAAAACAUGGACAACAAAUCUUUGUGGUUCAUCUCAGAGUUGAACCUGGAUCCAUUUCUGAUUCCACCUGGCGCGAAGUAUCCCAUAUUCCUUCUCGGCAUCACGAUCUAUGUCUUCAGCAUCAUCUGCAACCUGGUGCUGUUGACGCUGAUCGUUUCGAGGAGGAACCUCCACAAACCCAUGUACUUCAUCCUCUUCAGUCUGCCCCUCAACGACCUGAUCGGUAUCUCCGCCAUGUUGCCCAAAGUGCUGUCCGACAUUCUGACGGAGACAAACACGGUGCAGUACCCUCUCUGCGUUCUCCAAGCGUUCUUGCUCCACAUGUACGGCGGCGGCAUCCUCUUCAUCCUCGCCGCCAUGUCCUUCGACCGCUACGUCGCCAUCUGCAUGCCGCUGCAUUACAGCUCCGUCAUGACGCCCCGCGUCCUGGUCUGCAUCGUGGCCCUGGUCUGGGGCCUGGACUUUGUCCUGAACGUGUCCCUGUUCUCGCUGCAGACGAGGCUGCCGCGGUGCAGGACGCGGGUGAUGAACGUGUUCUGCGACAACCCGUCGCUGCUGAAGCUCACGUGCGAGAGCACGGCGGUCAACAACAUCAUCGGCCUCUUCAACACGGCCGUCAUGCAGGCCGUGAGUCUGUCCGUGCAGGCGUUCUCCUACGUGAAGAUCCUGCUCACGUGCGUGCUGAGUGGCAGGUCCGAGGCCAAGAUGAAGGCGGUGAACACGUGCGUGGCGCAGCUGCUCAUCCUGGUCAUAUUCGAGGUGGUGGCGAUGUUUACCAUCCUGUCGCACAGGUUCAAGAACGUCUCUGCUGACCUGCAGAAGAUCAUGGGCAUGUUGAUAUUCCUCGUGCCGCCGCUCCUGAAUCCCAUCGUGUACGGGCUGUACACGAGCGAAAUCAGGCAGACUCUGCUGAGAGUCAUGAAAAACAGAGUGUCCCUUUAAAUCUGUGCCGAAGCACAUGAACUGA